AUGUCAUUCAGAUUAUUUGCCAGGCCCUUAAUACAAAUGCCCAAGUUGGCAGCUCCUAGAUGCAUAAAUCUCACCCCAAUAAGACCAAUAAGUGCAUCUACUAUAUCAUUUAAGACCAACACUUCCACCAGUACCAAAGAGAACGUCCAUGACUUGGAAACGUUUUUCAAGUUGAUUGGCCGUGACUGCAUUGAACAUCUCGACGCCUUUGAAAACGAUUUACAGAAGUUUUUGAAUACUUCGUCCAAGGAUAUGAAGAACAUGGGUAUCGAUGUUUCCACCAGACGUUACAUGCUUAGGUGGAUUCACAAGUUCCAGAACGACUUGGAGCCAUUGAGGGAGCACAAAAGAGGUAAGAAGAAGAACGGUGGAGAAAGAAAUGCAAAGACCGUCUUGGCUAAGAGAAAUGCAUUAAAGAGAUUGGAAGAAAAGGAAAAAUUCGAGUCUCAAGAGUUGGAAGCCGAAAGAAAGGGUGAAAGAGAGUUCUAA